AAAUUUUUAAAGUAGUGUUCAAAGUAGCAUUAUUAUAUGCUACGACUUUGUUGUUGUUUUUGUUCAAACGUCAAUUUUUGUGUUUUCGUUUGUCAAUUUUUUAAUGCGAAGUAAUAUUUUGAGCCAAAUACAAAUAUUGCCGAAAACAUAAUCUCCAUCCUUUAGAAAAGCAUAGUGUAACUACACAGUAUUAUGCACAUCUGGCAUCACCAUUUCUAUUCGCCGUGAUAACGGCGAAAAUCAAAAAUAAAUGUCGUAGAAUAUUAACUUUGACAAUAAUUUUUGACAUAACGUUUUUAUUGCAAAAGUGUUAGCACGAUCAGAAGAAAAUAACUGAAAUGCCAAGUGUUUUUGCAGCUAAUCUAUUCUAGAUACUAAUUUAAACAUUUUUUGCAAAUGUGAUGAAACUGAUAAGCAAAAAAAAUAUGAAUGGUAUUAUAAGCAAAACAACACCGAUAUUUCAAAAAAAAAAAGAUUAAGUAUUUUAGACUACAUUUGUCAAACUAUGUUGACUCGGACAUAUUUCAUCACCAAUUAUUUCCUGUGAAGUAUAAAAAUAAAAAUAAAAUGAAACAUGAAUGGUGACAUGUCUCAGUGGUGCUCUGCCUAGAUUAGACGUUGCAGGUGGAAAUGAUAUUGAUGGCAAUACAACAUAUAUCAGACGUGUGAAAAUUGAUAACGAUUUCUUACCUGUUAACGUAACGCCUGACAAAAGCAAAACAUUGGUUUGGUGUACCAAUAAGAAAAUUGAGAUUAAUGACUACGAAGCGCUUGACGGGUUACAUUAUGAAUGGGUAGAAGCUCCAAAGAAUGGUGUUCCUAUAACUGCUGUUCAAUGGGACACCACACUUAAUGGUGAGAGUCUUUACGUAGGCUGCGGCUAUUACAAAUGUGCUUUAUAUAUAGGCAAAGUACAAUCUUCACAAAGCUGUCUCUUUGUUCAGUAUGUUUCUAAAGAAAUCAAGAUAACAAAUUAUGAGAUACUGGUAGACAAAUGGGUUAAUGCCACUAUCAAUUCGAUGCCCAAAGACGCUAUAGAAUGUGGGUGCGCUGCAGAUGGCGAUCUCUCAUUUGUGGACAGUGUUUUUCAAAAUGGUAGUUCAAUGCUUGCAAAAGUAAUACCCAACAAAGGUGGCGCUUUUGUAAAUUGCAAUUCGAAACAACAUAAAGAGGAAAAGUUUCAAGUUUUGACUGGUGCAAACGUAUAUACAGCUGAUGGCGACAUACUUUUUAUAGGUCGUGCUUAUUAUGCCGGCAGUUUGAGUAUUGGCAAAGUGUAUUCAGCACACGGCUGUAUUUAUUUACCAAUUGGUGAUGAAGAGGUAGAAAUGAAAACCUACGAAGUGCUUAAAAAAACACAGACGAUGGUGAAUCUGUCUAAGUAA